AUGGACCAACAAGCUUCAUCCGUAAACUUUAGUCUGCCAGGACGAGUCUCGGAAGAUUCGAUAGGCUCCAACUACUCAGACGUGCUCUCCAGUUCUCCCAACGACCGGCCAACAGUGCGUCUGAGUAAACUAAAGAGUGGAAAUCAAGACGGUAGCAAUGGACAAGUACGCUUGUCAAUGGAUAGCCAUGCAGGACGAGACAGUGUAGACUAUAAUAUAUCCACGGUGAAUCUCAUUACCGAAACUGACUUGACGGAGGAAUCACCUGUAAAGACCGGAAACAAUACAAACACGACGAGUACAAGCACAACAAGGAAGAAGGCACCUACAUCGCCUAGCAGUAAUGAAUCCGCUAUAGAAAACUACAACGAGUCACCUACGUUGCCAGCAUCGUCAGCUUGGGACUUUGAUACCUCCGAUAGUAAUAACAACAUACCACCUCAACUUCCCACAAUUAUACCAGAUCCGCAACCUAUAGUGCUACAUGGUGAUAGUAGUACUGACACUGGGCCCCCGCCACAACGCCAAUCCUCCUUCUUCGGACGCGACGUAUCAACCACAUCAUCACCCCGCCUAUCAAACGGCAUACCCAACGGCCGUCGCUCAUCAGCACUUGCAAACGGACGGUCUAGCAGCCAUCACCACAACGCACUCGCAAGCCCGCUAUCCAAUACCCCGAACGACAACGCAGAGAACGACCAAUCUGAGCCACCAUCGCGAGGUCGUCCGUCGCGACUCAUAUGGAUGGCAUGGCGUCUCUUCCUGCUUCUCGAAACACUGACAUUCGGAGCAUUAAUAGGCAUUGGUGGCGCUGCAUUGUAUGUAGAUCAGGCUCAGACGUGUGAUGUCAGAUUGUAUCAGUUCUUGCAGGCGGUUGUGUCGUUUCUGGUUAUGCAGACGGGGUGUGGGAUUGCGUUGUUGGUUGGAUUGCCGUGGGAAUCUCGCUGGACUUGGUAUAAUCAUCGGAGGAUUCGGAUCUCAACUAUAAUAUGGCUGUUCUCUAUAGUAGUGCUGUUGGGACAGACUAUUAUGAUACCCGUGGGAUUUACGUUUGUUAAGCUUGUCAAUCUGGAAUGUAUACCUACUAUGCAGCGGACUAUAGAUGCUGUCUUCUUAAUAUCUUUAAUAUCUGCCUGUGCUUUUGUCAUAGUGUCGCUACCCUUAUGUUGUGUGCCAUGUGUAUUCGCAUUCGCCGAAGUGCCCGAAUACCGCGGAAUAAGUCCUCGUGCUCUGGAUAGACUCGAAACAGUGACCUUCCCAGCUCCAAGCACAACAUCAUCUUCAGCAGUAGUCGGUGCCGCAGUAGCAGCAGCAGCAGGCAGUACGUCGUCAGUAGACGGAUCGAUUUCGGGAGGGAUACCGUCGUGUGCUAUAUGCUUGGAGGUUAUGACGGAGGGGAAGAAGUUGCCGUGUGGACAUAUGUAUCAUAAGCAUUGUCUCAGUGGUUGGGUAGAUGAGCAUCGUAGCUGGUUUUGCAAGCUGUUAUGUCGAUUCUUGGGUUUUGCAGACAGUAGGAUGCAGCGUUGGGCUGCCGUUGGGGCUCCAUAUUUGGCAAAUAGUCCAGUAAGAUCCAUUGAUGCUACUAGGCAAGCUGUGAUCGACGAUACCCUUACCUCUCAAACAACUCAAAGUUCGGACGCAAGCAUAAACGCUGUUGCCUCAACCACAAUCCACGUCACCGAAUUCACAGGUUACCUGGACGUCGAAACCUUAAUAGAAUUCUAUCCGGAUCUAUUUGAAUUGGAUAUACCAUACGGAGCAGAUGAUUGCUUUGUGCUCGACGUUGCAACACGUUUGCUCAAACUCGAAUACCUGAACGGGAAUAACCGGGUCAUGACGCUUGGACUGGCACGGUAUAUAGCUGCGCUACGAAGACCAAUAGGUUUACGACGUGCUUGA